AAGGUUCAGCUCAGCCGCUUUGCUGACCCUCUGUUUUGUUUUUGGGUGGCUAAAAGGAGCAGGCAGUAUCAGCUAGUAGUAGGAAGCAAGAUAGCAGGGAGAUUUUUGCCUCUCCUCCUCCUGCAGACGUCUCCUCAUUGAAGAUUCCUUCAACACACUACCAGGCUCUCUCUCCUUGCAGCAGGCAUCGGUUGUAUCGAUCGGCAAGCAAUCCAGGUCGGCAGGUUUCUUUGUCCGGAAAAAAUUGGGGAUUUUUUCCUUGUGCAGUCAGUGUUCUGUUCUCCCUUUCUCCUCUCCUCGCCAUAACAGAACGGAGAAGAUUGGAGACGGGCAUGCGCCGGGUUCGAGUGUCGUCCCACCAAUCUCCAGUCCAGAAGCUGGGAGAUUCGCACAUGAAGCUGACGCCCAAGUUCCGGCUUGCCGCCACGGCCUCACCGUCCUCUGAACCGGAGCAACCUCCAUGGGAGACGCCCCUCAUGCCCGGCCUCCCGGACGACGCCGCGCUCAACUGCCUCCUCCGGCUGCCCGUGGAGGCCCACGACGCCUGCAGGCUCGUGUGCCGCCGGUGGCGCCACCUCCUGGCCGACAAGGCGCGCUUCUUCACGCAGCGGAAGGCGAUGGGCCUCCGGUCGCCGUGGCUCUUCACCCUCGCGUUCCACCGCUGCACCGGCAAGAUACAGUGGAAGGUGCUGGACCUCGACUGCCUCACCUGGCACACCAUCCCCAGCAUGCCGUGCCGGGACCGGGCCUGCCCCCGCGGCUUCGGCUGCAUCGCCAUCCCCGGCGACGGCGCCCUGCUCGUCUGCGGCGGGCUGGUCUCCGACAUGGACUGCCCGCUGCACCUCGUGCUCAGGUACGACGUUUACAAGAACCGCUGGACCGUCAUGACCCGGAUGCUCUCGGCGCGGUCCUUCUUCGCCGGCGGCGUCAUCGACGGCCGGGUGUACGUCGCCGGGGGCUACAGCACGGACCAGUUCGAGCUCAACUCAGCGGAGGUUCUUGAUCCGGUCAAGGGCGUCUGGCAGCCCGUUGCCAGCAUGGGCACCAACAUGGCUUCCUCGGACUCCGCCGUCAUCGGCGGCAGGCUUUAUGUCACCGAAGGCUGCGCAUGGCCGUUCUUCUCCUCGCCGAGAGGGCAGGUGUACGACCCAAAGAUCGACCGCUGGGAGGCGAUGCCGGUUGGGAUGCGCGAAGGGUGGACAGGGCUGAGCGUGGUCAUCGACGGACGCUUGUUCGUCAUCUCAGAGUACGAGAGGAUGAAGGUCAAGGUCUACGAUCCAGAGAUGGAUUCCUGGGAUCCUGUCAACGGGCCUCCCAUGCCCGAGCGGAUCAUGAAGCCCUUGUCUGUGAGUUGCCUGGACAGUAAGAUCGUCGUCGUUGGCCGAGGUCUCCAUGUAGUGAUCGGCCAUAUCAAGAAGCAAUCAGCUGGCAACGCCGGUGGCAGCAGUUCUUGUAACUACUUGAUUCGUUGGCAAGAUGUGGAGGUUCCCAGGGCGUUCAGCGAUCUGACACCUUCAAGUAGUCAGAUUUUACAUGCUUGAUGACUAUAUAUGCAUCUAAAAUAAGAGACAGCUCUGGUGAUCUGCAAAGCAACCACAGCUGAUCAAACUGUUUGCCCAACACCCCAACUAUGUCAUUUAAACGAACAACCAUCGAUUGAUGUUUCUGUAUAUUGUUUUUUAUUAGACUCUUUCCUGCCAUCUUCUAUAAUUUGCAAAUGAUGUAUCAGUAAAGAAAUACAGUAGUAAUUCUGAGAAUGUACUGUUGUUGUAA